GCAGUUGGUAUAUAAGAAAGUGAGGAUCGCUUUUUAAUCAGUGUGACACCGAGUGUUCAACUGAAUACAUCUCCUUUUCCUGUAUUUUUUUUUUGGUUGAGUCAAAAGUCAAGAAAAAAUCAUGAAAACGAUUGUGUGCUUAUUUGCCUUGAUCGCAGUCAUUGCUGCUAGUGUUGUUCAAAUGCCAAUCCCCGCUCCAGCGUUGACUAGGAGAGCGAGAGCCGCGGAAAACCCUCAGGAGAACGAUCCGACGCCGGUUGCAGAGGCCAAUGCGGAUGACAUGGAAGGUGCAGAAACGUUCGGAUUCGGCUAUCAUAAGCAUAUUCACUUGGUGCCAUCGUACGGUGGUUAUUAUGGCGGAGGAUAUCCCUACUACGGAGGAUAUGGCGGUGGAUAUGGUGGCUACGGUGUUUAUCCAUAUGCUUAUGGCUAUCCUUAUUACUAUUGAUGAAACAAAAUGCUGAUUGUGAGUAACGUGCAAUACAACAAAGUCGACAAACUUUAUUUUAAACUGUGUAAAGCUCCACCUCUAACUGCUGUCAGUGCCAAACGAAAAAUAAUCUAAAAACGAAUUUUAAUUAUAA